AUGAACUCUCGAGCCCUACUCAGCGCCCCUGCCCUAUGGACUGAAGCAGCCACCGCAACAACCAAACGGUGUCUGGCCAUUGGAAGUAGAACACAGCAAAGGACCUACACCGGACCCAGGCCAACAGCAGCAUGCUCACAAAAUGCCCAUCCUGCUCAACGGCGCCAGUUCCACCGAUCUCCCCAAAACCGACAAGCCUCCCCCGUAGCCACCAACCCCAACUCCACCGACCUCCCCCUCGCCGGCACCCUCGUCGUCUCCCUCGAACAAGCCAUCGCCGGCCCCUUCUGCACCCGCCAACUCGCCGACCUCGGCGCCCGCGUCAUCAAAAUCGAACGUCCAGGCUUGGGCGACUUCAACCGCUACCACGACAAGCGCGUCAAAGAUCAAUGUUCUCAUUUCGUCUGGACGAACCGGUCGAAAGAAUCUUUAGCCCUGGACCUGAAGAAACCCGAAGACCUGGACGCUCUCAAAACGAUCCUAGGGAAGGCGGACGUGCUGGUGCAAAACCUUGCCCCUGGAGCGACGGAGCGAAUGGGACUCGGCUACGAAGCGUUGAAGUCUCAGCACCCAGGCCUCAUCGUCUGCGAUAUCUCAGGCUACGGCAGCACAGGACCCUACAAAGACAAAAAAGCCUACGACCUCCUCAUCCAAUCCGAAUCCGGCUUCCUCUCCGUCACCGGCUCGCCUGGCCAGCCCGCGAAAUCGGGCAUCAGCAUCGCGGAUAUCGCGGCGGGAACUACUGCUUACAACAACAUCCUCGCCGCUAUAAUCCGUCGGUCCAAAACCGAGAGCAUGGCCGAAUGGAUGAGUUUCCCCAUGUACUACGCCUUCAACGGCGCGCCCGGGCCGGCGCUGGCAGGGGCGGAGCACGCGAGUAUAUAUCCUUAUGGGCCGUUUGAGACGGGGGGUGAGGGGACGGUGAUGUUGGGCAUGCAGAACGAGCGGGAGUGGGGGAUUUUCUGUCAGCAAAUCCUUCAGAAGCCUGAACUUAUGGAGGAUCCGAGGUUCGAGACGACGUCGACCCGUUCAACGAAUCGGAAAGAACUCAAGAAAAUCAUCGAAGAAGUCUUCGCCGCCUACAACGCCGACGAAAUCCUGGAGAAAUUGCAGAAAGCCGGUAUUGCGAAUGCGAAGGUGAAUGAUAUGGCCGGCUUGUGGGCGCAUCCGCAGCUCAAAGCUAGAGGGAGGUGGAGUGAGGUCGAGACACCUAACGGACGGAUACCGGCGUUGAAGCCGGCGGGGGCGGCGGAGGGGUUUGAGGUGCGCAUGGAUCCGGUGCCGGGGGUGGGGGAGCAUCAGGAGGGGAUAUUGAGGGAAUUUGGGAUUGAGCGGUAG